CAAUCAGAGCAUCUCUAUAGUUCAAACAAAAGCCAAGCACAUAGAAACAUCAUGGUUGAUAAGAGCAGGUGAGAAAAGAACCUCCUACUAGAAUGAAUAACAAUGAUAACCCCUCCCAGAUGAUGUAACAACAAUGUGAUUGAGCCCUCCCCCGGAUGAUAUAAGCAACAGAGUAUGGUCCUAUCUCCACUCAAGACCAGAUACUCACCUGGACUGCCUUUUGAUCUGCAUCAGAGAGACAACAACAGACACCCCACCUUGGCAAGGAGAGAUGGCUCAGACAGGAGUUCAGCUGGACCAGGAGAGAAUGUCCUGUUCCAUCUGUCUGGAUCUCUUCAAGAAUCCAGCCACUGUUCCCUGUGGACACAGCUACUGUCUGGGCUGUAUCAAAACCCACUGGGACAAAGAGAACAUGAGAGGAAUCUACAGCUGUCCUCAGUGCAGGCAGACCUUCAAACCCAGACCCAUCCUGGGGAAAAACACCCUGUUGGCAGACUUAGUGGAUGAUGUGAAGAAGAACCAACUCCAAGCUGCUGCUAGCCACUGCUAUGCUGGACCUGAAGAUGUGGCCUGUGACGUCUGCCCUGGGAGAAAACGCAAGGCCAGCAAGUCCUGUCUGCAAUGUUUGGUCUCUUACUGCCAGGAAGACCUUCGGCUUCACCAUGAAGCUCCAGCCUUCAAGAAACACGUGCUGAUGGAGCCCUCCAAGAAGCUCCAGGAGAACAUCUGCUCUCAACAUGAUGAGUUGAUGAAGAUAUUCUGUCGCAGCGACCAAGAACUCAUCUGUUAUCUCUGCUUGUUGGAAGAGCAUAAAGACCAUGACACAGUAUCAGCUGUGACAGAGAGUACUGAGAGGCUCAGGCAGAUCGUCGCUCAUCAACAAAUCAUCCAGCAGAGAAUCCAGACAAGGGGCGACCACAUCAAGAUGCUCGAUCAAGAACUGAGGAGCAUCAAUCUCUCUGCAGACAAAACACUCGAGCGGAGUGCCAAGACCCUCGCUGGGCUGAUCCAUCUCCUGGAGAGAAGAUACUCAAAUCUGAAUGAGCAGAUCAGAUCUCGGCAUGGAACUGAAGUCAGCCGAAUGAAAGGGCUUAAGAAGAAGCUGGCAAAGGAGAUCAAAGAGCUGAGGACAAGAGAUGCUGAACUCCAGGAUCUGAUCCACACAGAAGAUCACAUCCAGUUUCUACAGGAGUGCCCCUCACUGUCACAACUCAGUGAAACUACAGACUCCAGCGCCCAUAUCCAUCCUCAGAGCCACUUUGAAGACUUAACAGCAGAUAUGAUGAAGCUCCAAAACAAACUGCAGGACGUUCUGACUCUGACUGAGACAAACAUCCCACAGAUAGUGACUCAAGUGGACCGUCCACUGUUACAACCAGAGCCCAAGACCAGAGACCAGUUCUUACAGUAUGCCAUUGACCUCACAAUAGAUCCAAACACAGCUAACUGGAAUCUGGCCUUAUCUCCUGGGGGGAAAGGAGUGUGCUAUGAGAGGGAUGCACUGCCUUUGACAUGUCAUCCUGAGAGAUUCAAUCUGUUGCCUCAGGCCCUGAGUAAAGAGAGUCUGACUGGACGCUGUUACUGGGAGAUGACAUGGAGAGGAAGAGGAGUCUGUGUGGCAGUCGCAUACAAGCAGAACAAAAGAGUAGAAACCGCAGAUGCACCUGGGUUUGGACUUGACGGCAGCUCUUGGGCAUUGUCUUGUUGCAACCAGAAGUACGACUUCUGUUCCUCCAAUAAGGUGACUCCACUCAGAGGUCCGUGGUCCACCAGAGUAGGAGUGUACCUGGAUCGCAGUGCAGGUGUUCUGGCCUUUUACAGCAUCUCUGGAACCCUGACUCUCCUCCACAGGAUCCAGACCACGUUCACUCAGCCUCUCUAUGCUGGACUUAUGCUGCCGAAAGGCUUCUAUGGAACCACGGCUGAGUUCUGUACACUGAAAUAG